GGCCAAGGGUCUAGGAGAGCUGUUGAGCUAUGAGGGGAACGUGGAGGAAGACUUCUACCUCAGCUUCCAGGUCCUGCAGGAGGAGAUGGGUGUUGUUCGCUCCUUCAACCUGAAGCCUGGAGGAGACAAGAUCCCAGUGAACAACCACAACAGGAAGGAGUUCGUCCAGCUGUACACGGACCACCUACUCAACAGGUGUGUGUCCCGGCAGUUCGCCGCCUUCUACCGCGGCUUCCACAGCGUGUGUGCGUCCAAUGCACUCAUGCUGCUGAGGUGUGAGGAGGUGGAGGUCUUGGUCUGUGGGAGUCCUGACCUGGACAUGACCGCUCUGCAGAGAGCGGCUCAGUACGAAGGCUUCACCGAGACGGACCCCACAGUGAGGGCCUUCUGGGAGGUGGUGCUGGCGUUGCCGUUGGAGAUGCAGAGGAAGCUGCUCCGUUUCGCCACAGGAAGUGACCGCGCCCCGGUGGGGGGGCUGGCCGGCCUCCGCCUCAAGGUCUCUAGGAUGGACGUCUCCACAGACUGGCUGCCUGUCUCCCACACCUGUUUCAACCAGAUCUGUCUUCCUCCGUACCGAAGUCGCAAGGCACUCAGACACAAACUCACAAUCGCCAUCUCCAACGCAGAGGGCUUCGGCCUGGAGUAGACACACACACGCACGCACGCACACGCACAGAUAUAGACACAGACCCAAACAAACACGCACACGAUUGAGACAUGAAUUGUGAAGUUCAGUUUCUUAAUGACUGAAUUACUCUGAAUGAUUUAUUGUAUUUGAUACAUUUUUCUCUUUUAUUUUGAUUCCAUUUUGAACGAGGUUUGACCAUAGAACUAGACAUCUAUGUUCAUAUCUGUUUAUAUUGUAUCUAUAUCUAUCUAUAUCUUUAUCUAUCUAUAUAUAUAUCCAUCUACUAUAUCUAUAACCAUAUAUCUCUAUAUAUACAGGUAUAUAACUCUAUCUCUAUCUAUCUACCAUAUCAUCUACUAUAUCUCUACCUAUAUCUCUCUAACUAUAUCUACCUAUUAUAUAUCUAUAU